AUGCAGUCUUUAAGAAAUCUCUUCCGGGCUCCUUGGUCCUCUGAUGUAAAACUCUGUGAGAAAACUGCGGUGAUUACAGGAGCCAACACGGGGAUCGGUAAAGAGACAGCUAUAGACCUGUCAAAGAGAGGGGCUAAAGUCAUCCUAGCGUGCCGGGACAUGGAGAAAGCGCAGGCGGCAGUGAAAGAAAUCAUCGAAAGCUCCGGCAAUGACAACGUUGUUUGCAUGAAACUUGAUUUGUCAGACAGCAAGUCUAUCAGAGAGUUUGCAGAAACCAUCAACACAAAUGAGCCUAAACUCAACCUCCUCAUCAACAAUGCUGGUGUUAUGGUUUGUCCGUACGGGAAAACAGCCGAUGGCUUCGAGAUGCAGAUUGGUGUUAAUCACAUGGGUCAUUUUCUGUUGACGUAUUUGUUGAUCGACCUGAUCAGAAGAUCCGCCCCGGCCCGGAUAAUCAGCGUGUCUUCCAUGGCUCACUCCUGGGGGUCCAUCAAUCUGGAGGACAUCAACAGUGAGAAGAGUUACAAUAAGAACAAAGCUUACGCUCAGAGCAAACUCGCAAACAUCCUCUUCACCCGCUCCCUGGCUAAAAGGCUGGAAGGCACAGGCGUGACGACGUACUCGCUCCAUCCCGGAGUCGUGCAGACAGACUUGUGGCGCCAUCUGAGCAGCCCAGAGAGGUUCUUCAUAAAAAUAGCCAAGCCUUUCACCAAAAACUCUGUCCAAGGAGCUCAAACUACAAUUUACUGUGCCGUGGAACCAUCGCUGGAGAAAGAGAGCGGUGGCUAUUACAGUGACUGCGCUCCUGCCAACUGCUCCGCUGCGGGGAAAAAUGACGAGCUGGCGCAGAAGCUGUGGGAGCUGAGCUGUCGACUGCUCUCCAUAUCGUGGGAGUGAAACGUCAAGAAACA